AAAUGCCAAGUUGUGUGUUACGAAAGUGUAAAAACUAUGGUUCCAAGAAAAAUAAGAGUGUAGGAGUUUCAUACCAUACAUUUCCUACUGAUGAUUAUAUAAAACAUAGCAUAGUUCAGGCGGAAAGAAGUGAAUUUAACUGGAUACCUACAAAAAGUAGUACAAUUUGUUCUGAACAUUUUAAAAAUGAAGAUAAAUAUACUACUUCUAAAGGCUACACGCGUUUGAAAAAAACUGCAGUACCUGUGAUGGCCCCGGACAAUGAUGAUGUUCCACAAUUUCGCUCACCUACCAGUCUGGACCAUGUUGAUAUAUCCGACAUGGAUUCAGUGUUCGACACCUCCAGAAAAGCAAAGCUAAGGACGCGAGUUCGUAAAUUAGUUGUUGAAAAAAAAUGUUACAGAAAAAAAAUAAUGCUCUUAAAAUCCAAAACAGCAGAUUAAAAACAAAAUAACAAGCAUGAAAAACAUUUUAAAGGCUUUGAAAAAAAAAAUUAUCUCACGGAACAGCAAUUUUCGGAUCUUAACCUAAAAGCAGAACCAUUAAACUUAUUUAACAGAAUAUUGCAAAUAAAAAAGUCUAAGAAAAGUUUUAGGAAGAAAUACCCAGCAGCGCUUCGCAAAGAACAAUGUUCAUUUUUGACCUGACAAUGUAUAGAAAUGAAAUAAAUAUUAAAAUGUAGCUUAUUGUUUUGUGUAUUGAUUACGCUUAUCACAAUAUUAGAAGAAACGCAGGAAAAAAAGUUUUUUAACAUUUAAUCACGUAACAUUUUUUCUAUGGCAUAACGUAUUAACAUAUUUUGAACGCAUCCAAAUCAUCCUUCUUUAAAACGUUCCAUUUUACACUUUGCUGCUUGACUUUAUUUAACUGUGUUUCUGAGUUUUAUGGUUAUUUCACGAUUAAUUUGAUCAGUAAGUAUUUAUUUAUUAGUCAUGGGAUAAAAUACAUUAUUUAAUAAAUAACACAAUAAUUAAAUUAAA